UCGUAAAUCAACAGACAAGGAAGUCGUAGGUUUCCUAAUAGAGAUUAGAGAGGCUCGGGAGAGUAGGGUUCUGUUGAACGAGGAUGAGGAAUAUAUAGAACUCCACCCGGCCCAAAAUCCCUUCGCCUCUUCGCUUUUCUCCGUCUCCUCGAGCAUGGACGAACUCGACAAGAUGGAGCUUCACAUGACAGGGCCUUCAAAAUCGGCAACCGAAGCUGAUCGACCACCACCACCAUCAUCAAGGUUGAGAAGCUGGCAAUGGUGGUUCAUAGUGGCCCUUAACAUCUUCUUCCUUCUUGCUGGCCAAACUGCUGCCACUCUUCUGGGGAGGUUUUAUUAUGACCAAGGCGGCAACAGCAAGUGGAUGGCCACACUUGUCCAAACUGCAGGCUUUCCGAUCCUCUGUCUUCCUCUAUUCCUUUUUCCUUCUACCCACCCUCCCCCCGCUACUUCUAUCAUCCCUCACCCUUCACAUGCUAAGAUUGCCUUAGUAUAUGUUAUUCUGGGCCUUAUCAUAGCUGCUGACAACUUAAUGUAUUCCUAUGGUCUCCUGUACCUUCCUGUGUCAACAUACUCCCUCGUUUGUGCCACUCAACUUGCCUUCAAUGCUGUCUUCUCCUACUAUCUGAAUUCUCAAAAAUUCACUGCUUUUAUAAUGAAUUCUGUUGUUCUCUUGACAUUCUCUGCUGCCCUACUUGGUUUUAAUGAAAAUUCAGAGAGCUCGGCAGAUGUUUCCAAGGGGAAGUAUGCAAUCGGUUUCAUAUUGACAUUAGGAGCAUCAGCCACAUACUCGCUCAUCCUCUCUCUAAUGCAGCUCACCUUUCAAAAGGUUAUUCGGAAGGAGACUUUCUCAGCUGUGCUGGAAAUGCAGAUUUACACAGCAUUUGUAGCCUCUUGUGCUGCUGUUGUUGGCUUAUUGGCAAGUGGGGAGUGGAAGGAUCUGAAGAGUGAGAUGGAGGCAUAUGGAAAGGGGACAGUGUCAUAUGUGAUGACUCUGGUUUGGACUGGUCUGUCCUGGCAGGUAGCCUCAGUCGGAGUUGUGGGCCUCAUCUUUGUGGUGUCUUCUCUGUUCUCCAACGUGAUAAGCACUUUAGCACUGCCUGUUGUGCCCGUAUUUGCUGUGAUCUUCUUUCAUGACAAGAUGAAUGGUGUCAAGAUUGUUGCUAUGCUAAUUGCAAUUUGGGGUUUUGCUUCUUACCUCUACCAGCACUAUCUUGAUGACUCGAAAGCUAAGAAGACUGUAGGUCAUACUGAGUAUGUCCCUGCUCAUGGGUCUUGACAGUUGUUGCUCAGGUUUUAAUCUGAAUAACUUGAAGGCUUGGACCUUAGUAUAGCUAGAGCUGUAUCGUAUGAUGGGCUUCAUCUAAAUAUUUCUCUCUAAAAGGUAACACUCAAUUUUUCCUGGGUUUCAUAUUGCAACCUGUGAUGCAAAUUUCUGUUAGUAUAUGUGCUGAUUUCUUGUUA